UGAAUCUCGUAAUUACGGCGUUUUCUAAGCUUCAGUCAUGUUUGACUGUGAUUUAAGCAUAAACUGUGUUGAUAGAAAUGUUUUCGGGGUGUGGGGUUUUAAAAGUCAUAGCCUCAUGGCUCUCCGUUUAGAUAAUCUACACGUUUGCAUUUCAUCCGCCAGUCGUGAUUCUGGAGAAUGUUUCAUUGGAGAAGUUGCACUCUCUAUACGGCACAAUGGUGCUGACAAGGAACAUAAGGCUUGACUCACCAAGCCCGAAUUUAUUCCAACCUCAAGCAAGGGACUAGGGGGCUGCUGCCUGGAAACAUUUUCAUUCAUCCCUUCCCCCCAAAAUUAUUUGUUACAUUUUAUUCUUUACCUAAGCUGCCUUUUCUGCAUUCUUUAACCCUGACCCUCUCUGAGAUCAAUUCCCCCCCCCCCCCUCCCCAAGCAUUUUUUUUUUUUUUUUUUUUAAGCAUUCCAGGUGUAACCACAAAAACACAUUUUCUUUGUCUACCCUACUCCCAUUAACUCUAUUAAUCAUGAGAAAACAAACUUGCAACAUUCUCUUGGUCUGUGUGGUCAUCAGCUCCAUAACAGUGUUCUAUUUUGGUCUCAGCACAAUAGAAUGCCCGAAAUCCCCUUCUCGUGUGGCACAGCGUGGGUGGGCAGUUAACUUGCAUGCUGGUAGGAACCUCAGUGAUCCGUUACAAAUCCCAGAGGAGUACAAUGAGGAAACCCCUCUUAUUUUCAUUGGUGGAGUUCCUCGUAGUGGCACCACUCUAAUGCGGGCUAUGUUGGAUGCCCACCCUCUUGUGCGGUGUGGAGAGGAGACUCGUGUCAUUCCCCGACUUUUAGCUAUGCAAGCCACCUGGAGUCACUCAGCACGCGAGAGAAUCCGUCUCGAUGAGGCUGGCGUCACAGAUGAGGUUUUAGAUUCUGCUAUACGUGCCUUCCUGUUGGAGAUCAUAGUUGGGCAUGGUGAGCCUGCCCCGAGGCUCUGUAACAAAGACCCAUUUGCUCUGAAGUCCCUCUCCUACCUCUCCAAGCUCUUCCCAAGGGCCAAGUUCAUCCUUAUGCUCCGUGACGGCAGGGCCACUGUACACUCUAUGGUCUCGCGCAAGGUGACGAUCACUGGAUUUGACUUGACAAGUUAUCGGGACUGUAUUGUGAAGUGGAACCGAGCCGUGGAGGUGAUGUAUGACCAGUGUCUAGCUGCGGUAAAUGGGAACUGUCUGCCUGUGCACUAUGAGCAGCUGGUGCUUUACCCCGAGUGGGUGAUGCGCAGGCUCCUUCAGUUCUUGGAUCUGUCGUGGGACACCGCCGUGCUACACCAUGAACAGUUUAUAGGGAAAGCUGGUGGAGUUUCACUGUCAAAGGUGGAACUGUCAACUGACCAAGUACUGAAGCCAGUAAAUACAGAUGCUCUGUCUAAAUGGGUGGGCAAGAUCCCUGCCGAUGUAGUGAAGGAUAUGGCCAACAUUGCCCCGAUGCUAAGCCGCUUGGGUUAUGACCCUCUGGCCAACCCCCCAAACUACAACAAGCCUGAUCUUUUAUUCUUGAACAACACGAAAAUGGUGAGAGUAGACCAAAAUUGAAGGCAACAGAAGAAAUGAAGUUCCUCUCUGUGGAUAACUGUACCUUGAAGCAAUAAAAAAAAUUAAUUUUUAAUGAACAUGCAAAACCUUUACUUGAAAUAUAAAAUCAAUGUAGAACUGAGAAGAAAAAACAGCCACUUUAACCAUAGAAAUGUGUUUAGCACCAAUGGUAUGUGUUGAGGGAAAAAAAGAAAAUACAGUUUUUAUAGUAUCAUUGGUGCUGGUGUUUGUCAAUGUACCACUGCUUAUGAUGAGCUAGUGCCAACACUUUCAAGCAACACAGGAUAUAAAAUGUUAAUCUUUGAAAAUGAUUUUUUUUUUUUUUUUUGUUCUAUUGUAACUUUUCAAUGUAAUUUUUUGUUACUGAAAAAACAAUGCUACGAUACUGAGAAGUAUCAUUUAUGACUGCAGUUGUUUUAUAUUUUUGUACGUGCUAGUGUAUGCGUGUCAUGGUAAAUGUAUUCUAAUGAGUGUAUUUGGUUAUCACACAGGAAGAGGAAGUUUUUUUCUUUGUUGAAAGAGGAAGUUAACAGUUGCACAGGAGUAUACUUUUUGUUUUUAUACUAAUGUUAAGAAGUCUGAUUUCUCUGUAAGUUUGUUAUCUUAUGAAGUGCAUACUUCAUAAAUGUUGUCUAAAUAUGACAGGCUUUAGACAAACUCUCCUCCAGUCCUCCCCCCUCUCAUAUGUAAAGCCAUCCAUUUGUUGCCACAAAUUUCAUUACCUCAUUGCCCAUUAUUAGGGCCCAAGCACUGAAAGUGAGGAGGCCCUAUUAUUUUUCUAAUGAAUAUUGUUAUUAUUGGUUCCCAAGCAUUGAAAGUGUGGAGGCCCUAUUGUUCUUUUAAGGAUUCUUCUUUUCAAGGUUUUCGGUACUUUUGGGGUACUAAACAUGCGUGAAAACUCUUGAAAAUUUGCACAAACAUCAGAAUCGUCGACUAUUAGGGCUGGGGAAAGUUGUGGGGGGGCUCUGUAACACCACCUAGAAGAUGGGCAUGUUCGGUGGGCUCUGUAGCACAUCACUUUUGAUUUACAGUCACCAAACUUUGGUGACGCGAUCGUAGCGUCAGAAAAUGGGAAGAGGGAAGUGUAUUAUAUCUUUUGCUUGCAUCGUGUGAUUUACAUCCAAAAUGAGCCAAAUGUUUGGCCUUGCAGGCUGAUCACAUUGAUGUGGCUAUUGUGGGUAACGGUCGUAGUGCCAUGAACUGGCAGAAGGAAGUGUGGCACUUUUAACAGACUUUGAAAUAUCCAUCUUAUGAAUUACCUGAAUUGCUUAAAAAAAAUAAUAAUAAUAAUGUCAAGACAGUGCAGAAUUUAAAUUCUGAAGGCAUUCUUGAUAUAAUAAAUACUGUUACCAUGGCAAUGCAUUAAAUGUCAUUAUUCCUUUUAUGUAUAUUCACAUAUUUUUGAGUUACUUAGUGUGCUUGAAUUUUCACAAUAUUUUGCACACUCAUCAGGGUUGUUGGCUAAUAGGCCUAGGCAAAAAGGUAACACAUGGUCAUGGCUAGAGAGCUCUGUAGCGCCACCUUUUCGUCUAUGAUCACUUGCUACAUAUAUUGUUCUCAUCAAACCGGAUAGCUUUCAAAAUUAAAGUCAUUAGCUCCACCCAACAGGAGGGAUUAAAUGUACUUUUUUUUUUUAUUGAACUUUUGAAAACUCCUUCUAGGGGAUUCAUUUGACUAGCGGUCUGUAGCGCCUCCUUUAAAAUGGGCAUGUAACGGGGUUUCUGUUGCAACCCCAUUUCAUCUAGAGCAGAGGUGGGCAACUAUUUUGGUAAAGGGGCCACAUCAGGAUUUAAGUAGUGCAUGGGGGGCCACAUUGUAUUUCUUUUGAGAUACAAUGUUCUGCAUUGAUUUGGUUUUUGUAUUUUUUAAGCCCAUAAAUAGUUGUGUACUCAAUUGCUGAAGUGUAUCUGUGACUAAUGGGACA